CAACUGUUAUAGGGCUGUUACAUUUUUAAAGGUGGGCAGGGAGGGUUUUAGCUAGCAGCUGUGUGUGUCAUAGUUCAACCAAUAAACCCUGUUAGUGGCCACCCCAAGGUCUGUUUGAUUCCAUUGUUGGCCUGCUCCUUCAACUUUAAUGUCUGACCACUGGGACUUUGACUGAGCCAGCAGCACAGCAGACUCUUAGUUGUGUUCUUAUGCUCAGGAGGGGAUGUUGGUGUGGAUCCUGUUUCUACUCUGUCAGGUGGUGGCACCUGCUCUGGCACAAGACCUCUGCCAGCGCGAUGCUCCAAAUGGCUACAAAGUGCGCAUCAGCCUCAAAACUGGUUUGGGAGAGGAUGCUUAUGAAUGGAAUCAGAGUGAAAUGUUCUUUUUCCGAGCUACUAUGGCCUUUGCCAUGAGGAGGCACUUCCAAAUGGAAACAUACAAUGUCGACAACAUUAUCCUGUGUGUUCAGACUUCGAGGGUGUCCUUCUGGUUUGUGGUGACAUCACCAGACAACGCCACCAUGCUUAUUCCUAAGGCAGAUGUGGAGAAAGCUGUGAGGAUGUCAAGGCAUCGCAUCAACAAUGCCUUCCUCCUGUCAGAUAGGACCCUGGAGUUUCUGGGCAUCCACCCUACACUAGCAGCGCCAGUCAACCCUGACACCCCUCCCUGGCUCAUCGUGUUUGGAGUGGUCAUCGGUGCUGUGUGUGCUGGAAUCAUUGCCCUGCUCGUAUCCUCUCUGCUUCAAAAGAGACGGAAAGAGAAAGGGAUGACAGAGGAUGGGCAGGAUGAAGAGGACAUGCAGGUGAAAGGAGUGGAGAAUGGCAUCAACCUGGAUGGCACCUACAAUAGAGGAUUCACAGAUGAUGAUCGCUUUACAAAGCUGUAAGGGCUUUUCCGGUACAAUGCUGCCAAGUAAGCACUCCAAAGACACUUUUAUGCUCUGUGUCUACAGUUUCAAACUGCAGCGGGUAUGAGAUUUGGUAAAACAGACUCUAGCCACUAGUUAAAUAAAUAAGUGAAAAGAACAGUAAGACAUUUCCCACUGGGCACAGAUGUCAGUUCAACUAAUGUGAAUUCAAUGUGAAAACAAAAAAUGUCACCAUGACAUUGGAUUUAGGUUACAAGUUUGGUGGAAAAAAAGACAAAAUUCCCCUAUGUUGAUGACUUUUUGUAAAUCCAAUCAGUUUUCCACAUUGAUUUAUCACUUCAUCACAUUGAAUUUUUGUGGAAAUUAUGUGGAAACAACGUUGAUUCAAGCAGUUUUUGCCCAGUGGGUUCAAUCCAAUUGUAACUUUAUAAAAAGGCGUAAUGCAUAUUUGUUUAUACUCAAUGAAUGAAUACACAUUAUCUCAGUUGUAGUUUAUAAAUCAUGCACAAGAUUACAGGUUGGGUUUCCUUUUUACUUUAUUUUUGUGAUAGGCUAUAUGGCGAAUAUCCCUUUUCAGUUACAGUUGAAGUCGGAAGUUUACAUACACCUCAGCCAAAAACAUUUAAACUCUGUUUUUCACAAUUCCUGACAUUUAAUCCUAGUAAAAAUUCCCUUUCUUAGGUCAGUUUGGAUCACCACUUUAUUUUAAGAAUGUGAAAUGUCAGAAUUAUAGUAGAGAGAAUUAUUUAUUUCAGCUUUUAUUUCUUUCAUCACAUUCCCAGUGGGUCAGAAGUUUACAUACACUCAAUUAGUGUUUGGUAGCAUUGCCUUUAAAUAGUUUAACUUGGGUCAAACGAUUCGGGUGGCCUUCCACAAGCUUCCCACAGUAAGUUGGGUGAAUUUUGGCCCAUUUUUCUUAACAGAGCUGGUGUAACUGAGCCAGGUUUGUAGGCCUCCUUCCUCGCACACACUUUUUCAGUUCUGCCCACCAAUAUUCUAUAGGAUUGAGGUCAGUGCUUUGUGAUGGACAUUCAAAUACCUUGACUUUGUUGUCCUGAAGCCAUUUUGCCACAACUUUGGAAGUAUGCUUGGGGUCAUUGUCUAUUUGGAAGACCCAUUUGCGACCAAGCUUUAACUUCCUGACUGAUGUCUUGAGAUGUUGCUUCAAUAUGUCCACAUAACUUUCCUUCCUCAUGAUGCCAUCUAUUUUGUGAAGUGCACUAGACCCUCCUGCAGGAAAGCACCCCCACAACAUGAUGCUGCCAACCCUGUGCUUCACGGUUGGGAUGGUGUUCUUUGGCUUGCAAGUCUCCCCCUUUUUCCUCCAAACAUAACGAUGGUCAUUAUGGCCAAACAGUUAUAUUGUUGUUUCAUCAGACCAGAGGACAUUUCUCCAAAAAGUAUGAUCUUUGUCCCCAUGUGCAUUUGCAAACUGUAGUGUGGCUUUGUUAUGGUGGUUUUGGAGCAGUGGCUUCUUCCUUGCUGAGCGGCCUUUCAGGUUAUGUCGAUAAAGGACUCGUUUUUACUGUGGAUAUAGAUACUUUGUACCUGUUUCAUCCAGCAUCUUCACAGGGUCCCUUGCUGUUGUUCUGGGAUUGGUUUGCACUUUUCGCACCAAAGUACAUUCAUCUCUAGGGGACAGAACGCGUCUGCUUCCUGAGCGGUAUGACUGCUGCGUGGUACAAUGGUGUUUCUACUGGGGCGGCAGGUAGCCUAGUGGUUAGAGCAUUGGACUAGUAACCGAAAUGGUUGCAAGAUUGAAUCCCCGAACUGACAAAGUAAAAAUCUGUUGUUCUGCCCCUUAACAAGGCAGUUAACCCACUGUUCCUAGGCUGUCAUUGAAAUAAGAAUUUGUUCUUAUCUGGCUUGCCUAGGUAAAAUAAAUACUUGCGUACUAUUGUUUGUACAGAUGAACGUGGUACCUUCAGGCGUUUGGAAAUUUCUCCCAAGGAUGAACCAGAUGUUUGGAGGUCUACAAUGUUUUUUCUGAGGUCUUGGCUGAUUUCUUAUGAUUUUCCAAUAAUGUCAAGCAAAGAGGCACUGAGUUUGAAGGCAGGUCUUGAAAUACAUCCACAGGUACACCUGUGACUCAAAUGAUGUCAAUUAGCCUAUCAGAAGCUUCUAAAGCCAUGACAUAAUUUAUGGAAUUUUCCAAGCUGUUUAAAGGCACAGUCAACUUAGUGUAUGUAAACUUCUGACCCACUGGAAUUCUGAUACAGUGAAUAAUAAGUAAAAUAAUCUGUCUGUAAACAAUUGUUGAAAAAAUUACUUGUGUCAUGCACAAAAUAGAUGUCCUAACCAACUUGCCAAAACUAUAGUUUGUUAACAAGAAAUUUGUGGAGUGGUUGAAAAACACAUUAAUGACUCCAACCUAAAGUGUAUGUAAACUUCCAACUUCAACUGUACAGUAUGUGUUAUCCAUGGCUUUAGUUAAGCAUUUCUGCAAACCAAGUAGGUGACAAUGGUCUACAAUUUUAAUAUUGUCAAAACUGUGAAAUUAUAGAAAGAAUCCAUAAGCAUGUUCAUUUAGAGAUCAUGAUUGCUUCUUCUGAGUGAUCGCAGAUCUGAAAAUAAUCUAAAUGUAGCAACAGUUCAAUAAAUGUAUUUGAGAGGAAGGAAAACCCCAUGAUAAUUGAUUUAACUAAGAAAUGCAUGUAGUUAAGUGUUAAAUGCCCAUUAAUGUUUUUUACUGCUUGUUUUGCACAAUGUGAAACACUGGAGAAGAACACGUGAACAGAUUGGUUUAAACUUUAAACAGGUUUUAUAGUGGAUCUUCUUGUAGUUUGACAUAAUGGCCAUUUUGAUAUUACUGUAGAUUGUUAAAUUAUUGAAAAAUAUACAAAUUGUGUGAAUCAGAGGAUAUGCAAACCAUCUGUGAUUUAGAUGUCUCCCUCUUUCCUAUAGUGGAACCUCUAGUCUGUUGAGAUUAAAGCAAAUUAAACUUUAUUAAGGA